CAAUAUUUCUUAAAUAUCAGAUAUCCAGUUAGAGUUUAGACUUCCUCUCAGGGCAUAUCUUUUUUAGAUUUUGAAAUUUCUUUGAAUCUGGGUCCAAAUAAGAUCUAUGUGUUGCGAUUGGUUUAUAAUGUAUUUGUUGAAGAAACUGGGCGAUUUGUUCUGUAUAGUUUCCCACAGUCUGGUAUCAUUAACAUGUUUUUCUGUAUUUCCUAUAGAUUAAGAGGCUUAGCCUACAUGCACCAAUUUGAAUUUCCCGGAUGGGAUCUGAAGGAGAUCCCAGGUUAAUUUUCAACACCUUAUAAUCCAAAUAUUGGAGAAGGUUUCCUGGGUAGGGAAAGUUCAGGCUCAAAUUGAUCACAUACCAGGUGGACAGUUGCUUCUCCCAUGGGACAAUAUAUGGUUAAUGGGUCUGAGGAGAGUAUGUGCCCUCGAUCUGACCUACAGCCCUUAUGAAAUGGCAGCAGGAUUGAAAAUCCAUAAAGAUAGAGGGAGACAUUAUUAUUAAAAGACCUCAUAUGUGAUGAGUCUUCAUGUGCAUGGAGGGUGAGACAUACUCCCUCUAAAUAUAGGAAAUAGUGAUAAGGAGGUUUCCUAAAGUUUCUUUGAGAUGUGAGUCAGACAGGGGGCCUUAAGUUAAGAGAGAUUAAGGCUUGAGGCAAGAGAGAGACACAUGUAGGUGUCCUUUUGCCACCCUGCCAUUUAUUUAUUUAUUUUUCACAUCUUUAUUGGAGUAUAAAUGCUUUAUAAUGCUGUGUUAGUUUCUGCUGUACAACAAAGUGAAUCAGCUAUAUGUAUACAUAUAUCCCCAUACACACUGCCAUUUAAAAGGGAGCUGUUUAAAGAGACCAUUGUGUCUCUUAAUGAAGCCAGCUGCCUGGGACCUAUUGGGAGAUGAAAGCUCCAUUGAAUGCCUUUCCCAAGAGCCCAGCAUUGUGUGUUUUGAGAAGUGAAAUGUAUGCCUUGGUCACUACUAGUAAUGUCUGGAACUCUGAAGGGAAUAAGGAUUGUCCUGGUGAGUCCUUGUAUAUGUAGAGACGAGUGACUUUGAUUUAUAUUUGAGUAUCUGUAAGGCAAGAGAUUCCCAGAUUUCUUUAUCCUUAAAGGAACAACUCUUAGGCAGUGGCCCAAGAGUUUGUAAAAAUAUGCAGAUGGGACCAUUUGUUUGUCAGGACAUUUGUGCAAAGAUGACUUCCUAAAGUCUGACCACUUGUUUUGUUCCUUGGAUCCUGUCCUUUAUGGGGGACAUCCUAGUUAAGGAAUGGAAAGCAGCAACAUUCCACUGAGCUCCAUCACCUAUGAUGGUGGCAGUGCUAUCCAUAAAGUCUGUGAGCUCACAUUGCUGUUUACUUAGUUAACCCCAGGGGAAUUCCUAGUCAAGGGCUCUGAGGGAGGGGAGACCUCCUCUAGCACCAUGGCAUCUGGCAAGAGACUAAGGACCGGGAAGACCACUCCCUCCUGUAGGUGGAACAUUCCAGAGGGCUCAGGUUUGGCUGAGCCUAUAGGAUAUACCUGUGCUGAGUUUGUGGGGGUGCUGCCUCCAUGAUCCAAGGCAUAGUAGGCAUCUGGGUUCAGAGAGUCCCAGGCUUAGGGUCUUUGAAAGCCUUUAUCUCCAAGAGAUCUUAGUAUAUAGCCAGCCGUUGUCACUCUAAUGGUGCAUAGCAUAGGACCAAAAGGGUCAGUUUCUUGCAUCAUAAGCCUUUAGGCACCUGGUGGCCGUCAGAGGGGUUCCAGAGGCAUGAGAGGAGGUUGGUGCAGCCUCUGCAGAGAAGGAGUCUCUGAGGGCACUAACAGGAGCGACUGCUGAUUUUAAUUUGAACAGAUUCUGGAGCCUUUUGUUGGAAGGGUUCCUUUCCAAGGUGGGAUGAUUUGUAAGUAACAGCUCAGUGAGAUUAACUAAAAUUUGUAAGUCAGGAAUAUGUUGCUUCCAGACCCAAAUAAGACUGAAAGACAUUAUGGGUGCUGAGAGAUUUUACUGUAGUUUCUUGACAGUGUCAGGCAUAGAGUUGCCCUGUUUUUACCAAUACUUUUCAGGAAUUUAACCAAGGUGUCAGGGCUUUGCAUUAUGUGUGAGGCAGUGGCCUAUGCCUUUUUUUGUGAGCUCUUUUGUGAGUAUUUUUAUGUUCUUAAUGAGCAUGUUAAAUGAAUCUCCUCAGAGGAGGAUGUCGUCCAUAUAAUGUCAUACCUGUGCUCCUGGAAAAAGGUGGAUGCAGUUAAGAUUGUGUACAAUGGCAAGGCUGCUGAAGUAUCCGUGGGUAGUCUGGCAAAGGUCCAUUGUGUUAGACCUUAGGGUGUGGGUUUAGCAAACUUCCUAUGAAGAGGAAUUGAGAGUUUUUAGCCAUGACAUCAACGUUGGGUCAAGACAGCACUUGUGAAAUAUUUUAUCACAGGCUCGUACCUCAUGCCACACACAAAAAUUUACUCAAAAUGCACCAUCGACCUAAAUGUAAGAGUACAAGCAGCCAAAGGGGAAAAAAUACAUAAAUUGGAUUUCCUCAAAAUUAAAAACUUUCAAGUUUCAAGGGACACCACCAAGAAAGUGAAGAUGCAGCCCACAAAGUGGGACCCGAAAUUUGAAAAUCACAAGUUCAGGAAGGGAAUUGUAUUUUGGAAUAUAUGAGGAAUUAUUACAACUGAACAAUGAAAAGACAAAUAACCAAAAUUUUUUUCUUUUUACUUCCUUUUUUCUUUUGGCCACGCCAUGAGGCAUUCCCGACCAGGGAUUGAACCCGUGUCCCCUGCAGUGGAAGCACGGAGUCUGAACCACUUGGACCUCCAGGGAAGUACCACCAAAUUUUUUAAAUGAGCAAAGAAUUGGAAUACACAUUUCUCCAAAGAAAAUAUACAAAUGACAAAUAAGCACAUAAAGAUGUUCAACAUCAUUGGGGAAAUGCAAAUCAAAAUCACGACAUACCACUUCAAACCCACUAGAAUGAAUUUAAUCCAAAAGAUGGCGAAGAUGUGGAAAAAAUGGAACUUUGAUAUAUUGGUGGAACUGUAAGAUGAUGCAGCUGCUUUGAAAAAGAGUUGGCAGUUCCUCAAAAAGGACUCAGCACUUCUCCAUGAGAAGAAGCCAGAGGAGGACUAAUAAUUUGCCCUUGUAAGCCAUGCCCCAUAGGUUGGUGUUGUUCAAGGAUGUGGCCAUAGACUUCUCACAGGAAGAGUGGGAGUGCCUGGAAUUGGAACAGAGGGAUUUGUACAGAGACGUGAUGUUGGAGAACUACAGCAACCUGGUCUCACUGGGAUUUUCCAUUUCUAAGCCAGAUGUGCUCUCCUUAUUGGAGCAAGGGAAGGACCCUUGGAAGGUUGUACGGGAUGUGACAAGAGGUCUGAGCCCAGACUGGGAAUCCAGGUGUGAAAACAAGAAGCUAUCAUCAAAAAGAGAAAUUUAUGAACUAGAAGCAUCUCAGUGGGAGAUAAUAGAACAACUCACAAGCCAUAAGUGUGAGUGCAAAAGUUUUCAAGAUGAUAAGGAUUGCAGAGACCAGUUUGAAAGCCAUUUAGGAAAUAAAGAGGGACUUUUUAGGCAACUAGUAGUUUAUGAAGAAAUGCCUAAUUUUAGUCAAACCACAUCCGUUACGUUACAACAGAGAAUUCAUUCUACUGAGAAAUUCUGUGAAUGUAAAGCAUGCAGAAAAUAUUUUAUCCUUGGCUUUCAACAGACUGAACAUCAGAAAAAUCAUUCUGAUGAAAAAUUCUAUGAAUGUAAAGAAUGUGGAAAGGCCUUUAUUCAGGACUCACAACUUACUUACCAUCAGAGAGUUCAUGUUGCUAAGAAACCCUAUGAAUGUAAGGAAUGUAGAAAAGCUUUUAUCUGUGCCUCGCAACUUAUUUAUCAUCAAAGAAUUCACACUGGAGAGAAACCUUAUGAAUGUAAAGAGUGUGGGAAGGCCUUUAUUCGUAGCUCUCAUCUUACUCAGCAUCAAAGAAUUCAUACUGGUGAAAGACCCUAUGAAUGUAAUGCAUGUGGGAAGGCCUUUUUUCGUGGCUCACAACUUACUUACCAUCAGAGAGUUCAUACUGCAGAGAAACCCUAUCAAUGUAAGGAAUGUGGAAAGGCCUUUAUUCGUGGCUGUCAACUUACUGAACACCAGAGAAUUCAUACUGGUGAGAAACCCUAUGAAUGUAAGAAAUGUGGGAAAGCCUUUAGUUAUGGUUCACAGCUUACUCUACAUUAUAGAUUCCAUACUGGUGAAAAGCCUUAUAAAUGUAAAGAUUGUGAGAUGUCCUUUAUUCGUGGCUCACAACUUACUGAACAUCAGAGGAUCCAUACAGGUAAGAAACCACACGAAUGUAAGCAGUGUGGAAAGGCCUUUAACUAUGGCUCACAGCUUAUUCGACAUCAGAGAAUUCAUACUGGCGAGAAACCAUAUGAAUGUCAAGAAUGUGGGAAAUCAUUUAUUCGUGGCUCACAACUUACUGAACAUCAAAAAAUUCACACUGGUGAAAAACCCUUUGAAUGUAAGGAAUGUGGGAAAGCCUUUAUUCGUGGCUCACAUCUUACUCAGCAUCAGAGAAUUCAUACUGGUGAAAAACCCUAUGAAUGUAAAGAGUGUGGAAAGGCCUUUAUUUAUGGCUCACAACUGUCUCAACAUCAGAAAAUUCAUACAGGUGAGAAUCCCUAUGAAUGUAAGCAGUGUGGGAAGAUCUUCAUUUGUGCCUCACAACUUAAUCUACAUCAGAUUUUUCAUACUGGUAGGAAACCAUAUGAAUGUAAGGAAUGUGGUAAGACUUUUAUUCGUAGCUCACAGCUAACUUACCAUCAGAGAGUUCAUACUGGUGAGAAGCCCUAUGAAUGUAAUGAAUGUGGGAAGGCCUUUAUUCGUGGUUCACAUCUGACUCAGCAUCAGAGAAUUCAUACUGGUGAGAAACCAUACAAAUGUAACGAAUGUGGAAAGGCCUUUAAUCGUGGAUCACAACUUACUCAACAUCAGAGAAUUCAUUCUGGCGAGAAGCCUUAUAAAUGUAAUGAAUGUGGGAAGGCUUUUAGACGAGCCUCACACCUAACUCAACAUCAGAGUAUUCAUACUGGUGAAAAACCCUAUGAAUGUAAGCAAUGUGGGAAGGCCUUUAGUCGUGAUUCACAACUCAGUCUUCAUCAGAGACUUCAUACUGGUGAGAAACCCUAUGCAUGCAAGGAAUGUGGGAAAGCCUUUACUCAGAGCUCACAACUUAUUUUACAUCAUAGGAUUCAUACUGGUGAAAAACCAUAUAAAUGUGAAGAAUGUGGGAAAGCCUUUAUUCGAAGCUCACAACUCACCCGACAUCAAAAAGUCCAUACUGGGGAGAAACCUUAUGAAUGUAAAGAAUGUGGGAAGGCCUUUACUCAGAACUCACAACUUACUCUGCACCAGAGACUUCAUACUGGUGAGAAACUCUAUGAAUGUAAAGAAUGUAGAAAGGUCUUUACGCAGCUCUCACAACUUAUUCUUCAUAAGAGAAUUCAUACCGGUGAAAAACCCUAUGAAUGUAAGGAAUGUGGCAAAGCUUUUAUUUGUGGCUCACAGCUUUCUCAACAUCAGAAAAUUCAUAAUGGGGAAAAGCCAUACGAAUGUCAGGAAUGUGGAAAGGCUUUUAUUCGUGGCUCAUUACUUAUGCAACAUCAGAGGAUUCAUACUGGUGAAAAACCCUAUAAAUGUGAAGAAUGUGGGAAGGCCUUUAUCCGUGGCUCACAACUUACUCAACACCAGAGAAUUCAUACCAAUGAGAAGCCCUAUGAAUGUAAGGAAUGUGGAAAGACCUUUAGUCAUGGCUCACAACUUACUCAACAUCAGAGAAUUCAUACUGGUGAGAAACCCUAUCAGUGUAAGGAAUGUGGAAAGGCCUUUAAUCGUGGCUCCCUCCUUACUCGACAUCAAAGGAUUCAUACUGGUGAAAAACCCUAUGAGUGUAAAGAAUGUGGAAAGACCUUUAGUCGUGGCUCAGAACUUACUCAACAUGAGAGAAUUCACACUGGUGAGAAACCCUAUGAGUGUAAGGAAUGUGGGAAGUCUUUUAUUCGUGGCUCACAGCUUACUCAACAUCAGAGAAUUCAUACUGGUGAGAAACCCUAUGAAUGUAAAGAAUGCAGAAUGGCCUUUACGCAGAGUUCACAUCUUUCUCAACAUCAGAGACUUCAUACUGGUGAGAAACCCUACAUAUGUAAUGAAUGUGGGAAGGCCUUUGCUCGUGGCUUACUACUUAUACAGCAUCAGAGAAUUCAUACAGGUGAGAAACCAUAUCAGUGUAAGGAAUGUGGGAAGGCCUUUAUUCGUGGUUCACAACUUACUCAACAUCAGCGAAUUCACACUGGAGAAAAACCCUAUGAAUGCAAGGAAUGUGGGAAGGCCUUUAGUCACGGUUCUCAACUUACUCUACAUCAGAGAAUCCAUACUGGUGAGAAACCCUAUGAAUGCAAAGAGUGUAGAAAAGCCUUUACUCAGAGCUCACAUCUUUCUCGACAUCAGAGAGUUCAUACUGGUGAGAAACCAUAUCAGUGUAAGGAAUGUGGGAAGGCCUUUACUCGUGGUUCACAACUAACUCAACAUCAAAGGAAAGUUCAUACUGGGGAGAAACCUUAUGCAUGUAAUGAAUGUGGUAAAGCCUUCCCUCGAAUAGCAUCUCUUGCUCUUCAUAUGAGAAGUCAUACAGGAGAGAAACCUUAUAAAUGUGAUAAAUGUGGAAAAGCCUUCUCUCAGUUUUCCAUGCUUAUUAUACAUGUGAGAAUUCAUACAGGUGAGAAACCUUAUGAAUGUAAUGAAUGUGGAAAAUCCUUCUCUCAAAGCUCAGCCCUUACUGUACAUUUGAGAAGUCAUACUGGUGAGAAACCUUAUGAAUGUAAGGAAUGUAGAAAAGCCUUCAGCCACAAAAAGAACUUCAUUACACACCAGAAGAUUCAUACUAGAGAGAAACCUUAUGAAUGUAAUGAAUGUGGGAAAGCUUUCAUUCAGAUGUCAAAUCUUGUUAGACACCAGAGAAUUCACACUGGAGAAAAACCCUAUAUAUGUAAGGAAUGUGGCAAAGCCUUUAGCCAGAAAUCAAAUCUCAUUGCUCAUGAAAAAAUUCAUUCUGGAGAGAAACCCUAUGAAUGUAAUGAAUGUGGUAAAGCCUUCAGCCAAAAGCAAAACUUUAUUACACAUCAGAAAGUUCACACUGGAGAGAAACCUUAUGAUUGUAAUGAAUGUGGUAAAGCCUUCUCUCAAAUUGCUUCCCUUACUCUUCAUCUGAGAAGUCACACAGGGGAAAAGCCUUAUGAAUGUGAUAAAUGUGGGAAAGCUUUCUCUCAGUGCUCAUUGCUUAAUUUACAUAUGAGAAGUCAUACAGGUGAGAAACCCUAUGUAUGUAAUGAAUGUGGAAAAGCUUUCUCUCAAAGAACUUCCCUUAUUGUACAUAUGAGAGGUCAUACAGGUGAGAAACCUUAUGAAUGUAAUAAAUGUGGAAAAGCCUUCUCCCAAAGUUCCUCCCUUACUAUACAUAUACGAGGUCAUACAGGUGAGAAACCCUUCGACUGUAGUAAAUGUGGAAAAGCCUUUUCUCAAAUCUCAUCUCUUACACUUCAUAUGAGAAAACAUACAGGUGAGAAGCCUUAUCAUUGUAAUGAGUGUGGUAAGGCUUUCAGCCAAAAGUCACACCUUGUUAGACACCAGAGAAUUCAUACUCAUUAGAAAUAGAAACUCUAUGAAUCUUGUGAAUAUGGAAAAG